CAGUGCGUGCUGCGUCAUGACGUAUCUGCGUUACAGAAUGGCGGAUACGUGUGUGGGACUUGUGUCAUUAACGUUAGCCCACCACAAUUCCAGAGCGAACGAUUGUACCAAAAUUUGACUUUAAAUUAUUUUAAACUAUUGGGGGUAUCAGCAAAAGGAGUCAGUAUGGCCCACAGAUACCUCUUUAUAUCGAGAGGCUGCAGGCGUAUUCUCCAAAGCUCGUUACCCCCAAAUGUAGUAAGGACAACUAGUGUAUACCUGGCCUCAGGAGGAGCUGACAGUCAGGUCACGGUUGACAGGGGGACCCUGCUUGCCAGUGCAUUGGGCGUCUAUGGAAGACUUUGCUCCAAGCACCCAAAAGGAUUUGAGAAGUAUUUUCCUAAUGGCAAGAAUGGGCCUAAAAGCUCUGAGCCCAAAGCAGCCAAUGCAGAGGCUAAAGAGGCAAAGCCGACCAAUGCACAGGGAGCCACUGGAAAGACAACAGGAAGUGGAGGGGGCGGAGGAGGAGGAAGUGGGGGCGGUGGAGGAGGAGGAGGAGGAGGAGGGAGAAGAGGAGGGAGGAAAGAUGAGUCGGGUUGGUGGAACCGUUUGCAGAAGGGUGAUGUGCCCUGGGACGACAAGGAAUUCCGAAUGUACUUCCUGGCCGGGACAGCCUUCUGGUCGGCUGUCGCCUACUAUUUGUUCUUCCGAAAUGGCGGACGAGAGGUCACCUGGAAAGACUUUGUCAACAGUUACCUCUCCAAAGGAACUGUGGACAGACUGGAAGUGAUUAACAAGCGCUAUGUCAGAGUCAUUUUCACCCCUGGAAAAACACCAUUUGAUGGACAAUAUGUGUGGUUCAACAUCGGCAGCGUGGACACUUUUGAGCGUAACCUGGAGACGGCACAGAUGGAGAUGGGUAUCGAGGGGGAGAACAAACUGCCAGUGGUGUACUCUACUGAGAGUGAUGGGUCCUUCCUCCUCAGCAUGCUGCCCACUGUGCUCAUCAUCGGCUUCCUGUUGUUCACGCUGCGCCGCGGCCCCGCUGGCGCGGGACGUCCCGGGCGGGGAAUGGGGGGCCUCUUCAGCGUGGGCGAGACCACCGCCAAGGUGCUGCGGGACGAGAUCGACAUCAAGUUCAAGGACGUGGCGGGCUGCGAGGAGGCCAAGCUGGAGAUCAUGGAGUUCGUCAACUUCCUGAAGAACCCCAAGCAGUACCAGGACCUGGGAGCCAAGAUCCCCAAGGGAGCGAUCCUCACCGGGCCUCCCGGCACGGGGAAGACUCUGCUGGCGAAGGCCACGGCCGGGGAGGCCAACGUCCCCUUCAUCACCGUCAACGGCUCCGAGUUCCUGGAGAUGUUCGUGGGCGUGGGGCCGGCCAGAGUCCGUGACCUGUUUGUUUUGGCGCGUAAGAACGCUCCCUGCAUCCUGUUCAUCGACGAGAUCGACGCUGUGGGGCGGAAGAGAGGCCGGGGCAACUUCGGGGGGCAGAGUGAGCAGGAGAACACACUCAACCAGCUGCUGGUGGAGAUGGACGGGUUCAACACUGCGACCAACGUUGUGGUGCUGGCGGGAACCAACAGGCCCGACAUCCUGGACCCUGCCCUCAUGAGGCCCGGUCGCUUUGAUCGCCAGAUAUAUAUUGGGCACCCGGACAUCAAGGGCAGGGCGUCCAUUUUCAAGGUUCACCUUCGGCCCCUCAAACUGGACUUGGAGAUGGACAAGGACGCCCUGGCCAGGAAGAUGGCGGCUCUGACCCCGGGGUUUUCAGGUGCUGACAUCGCUAACGUGUGCAAUGAAGCAGCGCUGAUAGCGGCUCGACACCUUUCCGACUCCAUCAACCAGAAGCACUUUGAACAGGCCAUCGAGCGCGUGAUUGGAGGGCUGGAGAAGAAGACCCAGGUGCUCCAGCCGGAAGAGAAGAAGACGGUGGCGUAUCACGAGGCGGGACACGCUGUAGCGGGGUGGUUCCUGGAGCACGCCGACCCCCUGCUGAAGGUGUCCAUCAUCCCGCGGGGGAAGGGCCUGGGCUACGCGCAGUACCUGCCCAAGGAGCAGUACCUGUACACCAAAGAGCAGCUGCUGGACCGCAUGUGCAUGACCCUGGGGGGCCGCGUGUCAGAGGAGAUCUUUUUCGGCAGGAUCACCACCGGGGCCCAGGAUGACCUCCGCAAGGUCACGCAGAGUGCCUACGCUCAGAUCGUGCAGUUCGGGAUGAACGAAAAGGUGGGCCAGGUGUCCUUUGACCUCCCUCGGCAGGGCGAGAUGGUUCUGGAGAAGCCCUACAGCGAGGCCACCGCCCGCCUGAUCGACACGGAAGUCCGCCACCUCAUCAGCUCCGCCUACGAGCGCACCCAUGCCCUGCUGGCCGAGAAGAAGCCCGAGGUGGAGAAGGUGGCGCUCCGCCUGCUGGAGAAGGAGGUCCUGGACAAGAACGACAUGGUGGAGCUGCUUGGGGCGCGGCCCUUCGCCGAGAAGUCCACCUACGAGGAGUUUGUGGAGGGGACGGGCAGCUUGGAGGAGGACACCAGCCUGCCCGAGGGGCUGAAGGACUGGAACAAGGAGCGCGGCGCGGAAAAGGAGGAGUCCACCGAGGAGCAGGUGGCCCGGCAGAUCAAAGGAGGGAUGCCUUUCUGAGCCAUCCCUCCCACCCCCCUGCACUCCCCCCCCCCCCCCCCCCAUCCCUCCUCCCAGCCUUGGCUUACGCCCACGUCCCGAUCCGCCCCGCCUCUCUCCCAACUGCAAACUCCUGUGCCGGACGUGUGGGCGAACUGUUCUGCAGGGGGUCUCCGGAAUGCAGUGAUGGGGUGUGUGUCUUGUGGG